UCCCGCACGUUUAUCGAUCCCAAAGCGAUGUUGUUUCCUGCGUCACGUCUCGCUACACGCUACGUCAAACAACUUUGAGCGGGCCAAUGGCGUGUGGGAUUUCCACCUGGGGUACCGAGUUCAUGUAGGUGAGAGCCAGGGCGUCGCAUGGCGUAGCCAACAGUAGUAGUCGGUAGUUCGAUCAUGGAGAAACGUCUGAUAUCGAAAGUGUGCGAGCGAGACUUGCUGUAUGCCAUAGAUUCCGUUAAUUAUCGAGAUCGACACAUGAGAGCUUUGGCUUGGGCUGAGAUAGGAAAGGAACUCGGUAUCCCAGCUGCACAAUGCAAAGACAUGUGGAGGAAGUUGCGAAAUUGCUAUCUGAAUGCUAUCAACAGGCGUCAAGGGAAGAAAACUGCCAUUCCGAAGUGGAAGUACGAAGAUGAGAUGUCCUUCCUCUUACCAUUUGUUGAAAUUCGCUCGUCUGAACAUGAUUUGGAGAACCAUUCUUCUUCGAGUAACAUUUCCAACUCGUACAAUGAAAUAAACAUGGACAGCAUAGAAAUAUCCGAAAGGGAAGACAGCCCAGAAAUCAUCAUUCCGGAAACGUCGAGCAUGGUUUCCGGUUCCAAGAAAGAUCAGGAUAUCGAACCCUCCGAUUUUAUGCAACAGAUGAUGGGUCGCCGAAAACCCAACUAUCGCAAAGAUUACAGAGCUUUUGACAGGCAACCUUCUAGUCUGGACGAAACCGAGAUGUUCUUCUUGAGUAUGUCUGAGACUGUAAAGCGUUUGUCGCCCGUAGAUCAGGCAAAGAUCAAAAUGGAGCUAUGCAAAAUGGUUUAUGAGGCUGAAAUUCGUCAUCUGGAAGGCUCUGAAUACGAGGAACAUAUGUGAAAAUAUCAAGUGGAGCUGCAGUGGCAUCAGCGUAGUGGGCGAUCUACGGCUCUGUUAAUCUAGUUACUCAACAGAUGGCGCCGUUUAAAACUAUAAAAGAGAUAUAAACUGCACAAUACAAAGUUAAUUUAAGUCGCGCUGUCUAUUGCGUAACUAGAAACUAGAGCGGUAAAUCAGUUAUUCCCAUUGAGAAGGAAUAAAAUGGAGGGAGUGAAGACUUUCAUUCAUGAAAUCAAGACCCCAAGUCACGUGAUAGAUUUUAAAGCAAAGCAUUGAAAGAAACCAGGUUUCUUUUGCUUGUUUCACGUAACGUGCCAUCCAUUCGUCGUUGUGGAGUCACGUGACUUGGAACCUUUGGGUCAGCUUUUGCUAAGGCGAUGAUUAGACUUGCUCCCUCCAUUUCGAUUCCUGCUCUAAGGUUAUUACACUAAUACGGCAAUGUUUGUUUACGGAAUUUAAAAGAGGGUUUUUAGUGUCUUUUCUAUUUAUAUUACACCCUGAUAAAGAUCCGAAGCGAUGUCCUACCUCAGAGAUCCUGAUCCGAGGAAGAUACUAACUGUGAUUAUUGUUUUUAUAAUUUUAUUUUAUUUUAUUAUAAUUACUUUUAUGCGGUUGAUCUUUUUUUUCUUGACUACUGAACAAAAUGUCUCGCCUUGCCUUUUUGGUAACCUGUAUUUGGGUAAAAAAUAUUUAUACUUGAGACAUAUUUAUGUUGUUUUCUUAAGCAUUCCAUUUAAUUUUCAUUUUUGAACAUUUUCUCCAUUUCUCUAAUGUAUCGAAAACACAUGCACUUCCAUGCUUUCAAAUUCCA